AUGGACAAUAUCACCACUUCAUAUUCUUCCUUUCAUACUCCCUUUUAUGUGACUUAUAUAAUAGUAGCAGUGGUGUUCAUUGUUCUUCAAAUUCGACUUGUCACGGUUAUUCAAUGGACUAGAGAACUGGCGAGGUUGCCUUCAUACCGUAUUGCUCAACAUUCUUCAAUUGCCUGUGUUAUAAAUGUUUUAACGCAAUUAAUUGCUGUGUCGUUCACCUUUUCGCACGAUAAUAUGGAUGAAACCCUGAACUGGGUGAAUGGGGCGUUUUUCCAAGGAAGCUGGGCUGCAGAGUAUCCCAUGAUUUUUAUUCUGGCCGCUUAUCGUCUCAUUGCUGUGGCAUUGCCAUACAAGGUGGAUAGGCUAUGCAGCUUAAAAAUAUCAUAU